AUGUCCCGAAGUGUUCUCAGAUGUCGCGGCGAUGACGUGACGGUGAGGCCGCCACUGUGUCCGGACCCCCGCGUCCAGGUCAGGAUGGACUCUUGGAGAAGCGCACAACAUGCAGGUCUCAACAUAAACACGCUGUACGGAGAAUUCACGUCCAGCGGUCACCGAAACGUCAGGUGCGCCGUCAGCCUGACCGACAGGGAGCUCGUCGUCCAGCGGCUCAGGUCAGCACCCGCGGGCCGGAGCCGAGUGGCUCUCAGCCUGAAGGACUGCGUGGGCUGCCGGGCGUACCGGGAAGGUGACAGCGCCGACCCGGCGGCUUACCUGGUGGCGUAUUUCUACCCGCUCAAGCGACGCUGGGCGGGCACCGGGCUGUCCAGGCAGAGAGUGGAGCAGUGCUUCCGACUCGCCGCGCUCCAAGAGCCGUUGGCCAAUCUCGAGGAGGCGCAAAAGUGGGCUCGCGCCGUCCGUGAGCGCUCGAACCGCCUUCGAGACGGGGUGCUGCUUAGUGAGCUUUCGCAUCCAUGCCGGCUGCUGCUGCUGGUGAAUCCACAUAGUGGGAAAGGACAUGCGCUCACGCUUUACAACAGCCACGUAAAGCGGAUGCUGAACGAGGCCGGAGUCCUUCAUACAUUAUUCAUCACAGAACAUCAGAAUCAUGCUCGCGAGCAUGUGAGGGAGGCUGACCUGUCCCAGUGGGACGCUCUCGUUGUCAUGUCAGGCGAUGGUCUUCUGUUUGAGGUAAUAAAUGGUCUCCUGGAGAGAUCAGACUGGGAGGACGCUAUCCUUACACCACUUGGUAUACUCCCUGGUGGUUCAGGAAACGCCUUGGCUGCAUCCCUUCAUCACUACGUAGGUGCUUCGUUGGUGUCCAGUGAGGAGCUCCUGGUCAGCUGUGGCUUCCUUCUCUGUAAAGGUGUGGUGUCCCGAAUGGAUCUGGUCUCGGUCCACCUGUCUUCUGGCACUCGCCUCUUCUCCUUCCUCUCACUGGCGUGGGGUUUUGUUGCCGACGUGGACAUCGAGAGCGAGAAGUACCGGCACGUCGGGGCGGCCCGGUUCACCUUGGGCACACUGGUAAGGUUGGCUUCUCUUCGCGUCUACAAGGGCAAGCUGGCCUACCUGCCUGCCACGGGAGACCGCAACUGGGUGGGAUCUAGACUUGCAAACAAUCACAGCACUUCCUCACACCACUCAAUGAGAGAGUCUCCCAUGCAGAACUCCUUCCACAACUCCUGUAAUUCCAAUAACUCCCUCAAGGCGAGGAGAAUUGAGCGUUCACGCAUCUCCAACAGACCUCAGACGAGCCUGUCAGACUCUCUGCUCCCCAGUCUAGAGGAGCCUCUUCCUGGGAACUGGGUGGUGGUGCCCGAAGAAGACUUUGUUCUGGUGCUGGCCAUGUACCAGUCCCACCUGGCCGAGGACCUGCUGGCUGCGCCGGACGCCACUUUGGACGAAGGCAUAAUUCAUCUGUUCUACGUCAAAGCGGGAAUAUCCCGUGCUGCACUGCUCAGACUCUUCCUGGCCAUGGAGAAGGGCGCCCACAUGGUCUCCAGCUGUGCUCAUCUGGUGCACACUAAAGUGCUGGCACUCAGGCUGGAACCGUAUUCUCCCAAAGGCAUUAUAACGGUAGAUGGAGAGGUAGUAGAAUAUGGGCCGGUGCAAGCAGAGGUGCACCGGGGUAUUGCUAGAAUCAUUAGUGCUUAAAUUUUAACCAGCUGACACACACACACACACACACACACACACACACACACGCACACACACGUAAUAAACACAUUUCACAUCCAACAUCACUUCCAGAGACAGCGACAUGAAAGUUGAAGCUGCUGUUUGUCUGAGUGCCUGGGGCGCUUUUAUGUGUGCUUCAGAGGACAGCGCUUCCAAGGAAGAAAACUGUAUGAAGUCUUCAGCGUUAAAGACAAGAGGCAGUGACGCCGCUUCCUCUGACAUUCUGAAAACUUAAGUUCACUGAAGACUAAAUUGGCUCUACGUGUGAGUGUAAAUGCUCAUUUUUUUCUACGUAGCGACCACCGCCCACAAUCCCAAUGAGAAUAAGCACAACAAAUAAAUGUAAAACAAUGGAUAGAAGAAAAAUGCAGAUUGAGGAUUUUUUAAUCAUAGAUUAAUUAGUUUUAUUUUGGGGGGAUUCAUUCAAAGUGGUCCAAUUUGCUUGGCUGAUUUUUAUUUUUGCUGUGAUCUUGAGGCUGAGUUCCUGACACAAUGUUAACUAAACAUGCUUGCUCCAUGAAUUCAGCUUACAUCCAUCCAUCCAUCCAUUUUCUCUCACAGCGGUUUAGAUGGAGCAAAUCCCAACUCUGACUCUGCGCCAGCCACCGGCAGGACACAUGUAGACAUUCACACCUACGGACAAUUUAGUCUUUGAAUAAUGUGCACGUUUUGGGAAUGUGGAAGGAAUACAAGAACUGAAGUGACUGAAGUGAACCCUUCCAACAGUGCUGCAGACGCGCAAGCCAAUAUCCCACCCUGCUGCCUUUGAAAUAAAUCCCAUUUUCCAUAAAAAGGCAAUACCCUCACCCACAUCAAGAAAGCGGAACGCCAACAUGCAUGAACAUGAAAGGAAACUUUACAAUUCUGUUUCUUGCCUCUCGUUAAUUAAUAAUGAGCACUGAUGACCUUCACAUUCUUGUCUUAAGUGGUGUUCAGUCCGUCAGCAUAUUUAGGGGCCUCCAUCUUAAUUCUUGUAAUUACAUUUCAAAAUGCUUACUUCUAGUUGAGUCGGGUUAUUGUUUCUUCCCCCCCCCCCCAAUUAAGAGGCACAUAUUUACAUGCGUGUUGGCAUGAAUACCAUGUUUCUGUCACUACCUUGCAUACAAAGCAAGCAAAGACAUUUUAGUAAGAAAAUUAUUGCACACCAUGGAAACACCGAAUCCUUACCAAGGUGUCCUUAAUGCUGCGCUAAUGUUUGAAAAAUGACUGUUAAUUGUGACUUUUGUCUGUUUCAUUUUAUUCCAAAGAUCUCAUUUGGACACAAUUGGGUUGCAAUUUAUCUCAAAAUGUGCCAUCAGCUGGAUGGGCCUGAUGCUUGGCAGUGGCGAGGAUGUCUGUCUGGGUGGGGGCGGGGGGACACACUAAUUAAUUCUUGCCACAGGAGAUGCUUUGGGAGCACUGGUAAAAUAUCUCAAGUGGAGGGGGUGUGUUUCAUUUUAACACACAGAAAUGAAAAGGUUGACUCAACAAUAAAGGAAAAGGUGAGAAAAUAUCAUUUGGUAGGAAAUUGUGAAAAGAGAAGCUGGGCACACUCAAAAACAUGCUGCACUGCAAAGCCUUUUGGUUGUCAUAAAAUCAAAGGGUUAUCACUCCUACAAUUGUCACACACACACAAAUAAAUAAAAGUACUCCAUUGGAGCAGUACAAGGGGAGUUAAACUGUAGAAUAUUUUAACUGAAGGAAGUGCAUUAGCGUAAAAGUGCCCUUCAUUUGGGAAGGAAUUUGAGAAAGGAAUAAAGGAGUAAAGCACAUGUACUUUUUCCUCUCCCAGUGUAGGGCUUUCCACAUUUUUAAAUAACUCAGUGGUAGCUAAAAUGGAUGGAUGUCGAAACGCAUAAAAUGAGAACGUUUUAACUUUGCCACAAGUUAUUUUUUUUUUUCUCUUCCCCAACACACAUUGACAACUCCUAUUUAAACCUGCAAUUUUACCAAUCCCCCUUAAUUCCGCUGAAAGUUUUAUCGCCACACUUUUAUUUUCCACCGAGCUGCAGCCAUUCACUGCAGGACAAACAUGUCAAGUGAGUUUUUGGAUGUCAGGCUCCUGGGACCAUUUCAUGUUGUGUAGCACCACAAAAAGCCUGCAUGUUUGCUAAAGUCCUGUUAAAAGUUUUAUUUUCCCAAAGUAGUGCUGCAGUCAAAAUGAGGUAUAACCUAUGUAUAGAGCUCGUGCACGUGACGUCACUAUUUUCACGGCACCAUAUUGCCGGUCAAACAGAGCUGCUCGACAUUGUGGGAGACAUUGAACCGGAGCAGAAUAUUAACAAUGCCCGAGACCUGAUGUGCUGUUGGUUGUCGCAACAGACGAGACAGAUCUUCAAAGAGAUCAUUCUACGGAAUACCAGCAGAAAAGACAAGAAAAGAUUGAUGGAUUUCGGCAAUUAAACGUGAUGGAUGGUGCCUAACCAAAUACACGCGCCUGUGUUGCGAUCACUUCAUUUCAGGGAGGAAUUAUUCUUCUCAAUCUCAAAUAACCAGGAAGAAUUUAUAAUGCCAAGUUGACUCAUUUGAGAUAAAUGCAUAUUAAAAAGAGAGGUUUACAGAGGUUAACUUGGCCGCAAUAUGCUUCCGUGUACAAAGGUGACGACUCCGUGUCCUAAUUUUUUUUUCCCAAUCAUAGUUAAUGAAUGCGAAGUUGUGUAAAACCAGGGAUCAAUUAUUUAUAUACUGGUAUUUGUAUUGAAUAAAUGACAAGUGUAUAGAGAUCAUGCACGUGAUGGAUGGUGCCCAAUGAAAUACACACUCCUGUGUAGCCAUCAUUUCAGGUAGGAAUUAUUCUUCUCAAUAUCAAAUUAUCAAGAGGCAUUUAUAACUUCAAAUUGACUCAUUUGAGAACAAUGCUUAUGUAAAAAAUAAUUAAAAAAAUAUCUGUCAUAGAGAGGUUUACGGAGGUAAGCGUGUGGCAGCAAUAUGCUAACAUGUACGGAGCCUACACUAUUUUUAUCCCCACAGUUAAUGAAUGCUAGUUUGUGUAAAACCAGGAGUCAUUUAUUUAAAUAUUGGUCUUUUUAUUGAAAAAAAAUCCGAGUGGAUCCAUCACUGUGUGGGAUUUAUUCCUUUAGUAUUUGUGUCCAGACUUUUAUACGCUUUUAAACUUUUCUGUGUAAAACUCGACGACUUACUCACCAGAUCCAUGAUUACAUGAUUACAGAUCCAGUUGUCCAAGACAAGCGGGAGCGAAUUAAAAGUCCAAUUUCUUAUUGCCGAAAACAUGGACUUCGGCAUUAAAUAUGAGUCCUGUAUGCCAAGUGUCUCCCAUUUUUUCAAGUACCUUCGUUUAUUAUCACUUUCUAAAUGUUUAACGGUCACGUGACUUUGGUGAUGUCGGUGCACGAGCUCCAUAAGUUUAUCCAAAUCCUUCUCUGACGCUGUGCGCCUUGAUUCUUGUGUCCCCUGCUGGUUGGACUAGGCUGGUGCUUCAAAUAAGUGAGCUCCUUAAAUUUGAAUGGAAAAGUAAACACAAAUGCGUUGUUGCUGAAACUGAGUGUAGUUGUUGUGUGAUGCUCAUAAGGUUUGUUUUCUACUUGCUGCUUCUGAGUAGUUUCUUCUCCCCCCCCCCCCAAAUGGGGAUGGCAGUUGAUAGGUGAUCCCAUUUAUUGUUCUAGAGAGAUCUAUUUUUCCAAGAGACAAAUGUCUGUAGUUUGUAAUAGUUUGUUUUAUGCUAUGAUUAACAAAUAAAAGGACACUUGAA